CACUCUGUAUAAACUCAUACAGUAUCUAUACCAUUCACCUGAUAAUUUUUGUGACUCUGUAAUCUCCUUAUUGAAACUCUUUCGUAUUAAUAUCUUAACUGCUCACAACUAAACUCAUUCUGGUGGUUGCUCUACCUUGCAUUCUAAAAGAUGAAGAUCCUGACCUGUAUUUUCAGCCAUUUGGUGCUUAACACAAUGUAAAAGGCUGACAUGGCAAUCCUUUCAUUCAUCCUAGUACCGUUCCUUUCCCAUUCGGUAAAUCUUAACAGUAUUCUUUAAGCCACCUACCAUAAAUACUUCUUUUUCUUUAGAGACUCUCCACUUCAUUUUUUAUGACUUCAAAUAAAUCUACAGCCUAGCUCCUUUCCUUCUCCUCUACUCUCAGAGGAAGAAGAAUCUUUUUCUUCUUUCCAAAUCUAAACUGUGAUUUUGAAUGUAAUUGCUACUGCCUCCUUUAAAAUACCCACUGUUGCUUUCACUAUCAUUCACCCUCUCCUGGCUUCUCUCCAGAGCCAAUGCACACACUUAAAUCUCCUUUACUUAAGAAAACAAAAUCAAAGCAACACUUCCUUUAAAUCUGAUCCCCUCCUCAACAUAGGACCCUUGCCUUUCCUCUCUUCAACAAACAACCUGAAAGAGAAACAAAGACUAGUCCACUUACUUUUUAAACCUUAUUCUACUUUCGAGUAGUAUUUGAUACAUAUAAAGUUUCUCUGUGACAGGAAAAACUGGGAUAGACUGUGGAAGGACCAAAAACAUGACUGGGUAUCCCACCUCCAGUGCAUCCAUUUGGCCUGAGCUAUUCUACAGCUCUGUAAGUUGUUGAAAACUGGUAAUAAUACAGAUGCUUGUCCGUAAGAACGGCAGUGGACUCUGUGCGGUGGGAUGUUAACUGGUUACUGCCCGGUGGAUGAUGACCACCUUUGCAACUAUCUGUAAGUUCACGUCAGCAUUCCUGACUGCCUGCGUGGGUGUAUGUGCAGUACUCUGAAUUCGCCCUUGCGAUGGUUGUGGUAUCUUCCUGAUUCCCUUAAACAUUUGAUGAUUUAAACUAAACCUCUGACAAGUACGCACUUCAUAUUUAUGCAAGAAUCAUGAUUUCACCUUUCUAAAAAUAAUAGUUUAACACACGUAAAAUUGGUUGUUAUCAAACAAAUACUUGUCAACUUCAGAUCUACAACAUCAGUACUGUUGCCUCAUCUACAUGCCCUUUCCCUGUAUCACGUCUCUUCCUGUCUAGAGGUAACCAGUAUUCUGAAUUUUAAGAUUAUUCUCUUGGUUCUUUUAAGACACAUGUCUAUAUUCCUGCACAAUACAUUAUUUUACUUUUGCUUAUUUUUAAGCUUUAAAAAAUCAUACUUUAUAUGUGCGAUUAAAUGACAAUAUCAGUAAGCUUAAAAUGGGUACACAAUAAGUGAUCUAUAAGUGGUUGCAAAUAGAUUUAAAAAAUAUAGCCUAUGACCACUUUCUCUCACUCACUAUCUUGUUUCUAAGACUUACUCGUGUUAAGUACAGCUAUAAUUUCUUAAAUUGAGAAUAAACUCAUAAGUAACAAUAUCACAAUUUACUUAUUCACUUUAUUUGAUAGAGUUUCCAGUUACUCCCUCUGCCCGCCUUGUUGCUAUAGACAUUCUUGUAUACGCCUCUUGGCACAUAUGGAGAAGAAUUUCUCUGCAUUUAUACACACACACACACACACACACACACACACACACACACACAUAAAAUGUUCAACUUUUUAACACAAUGCCACAUUUUUUUUUAAAGCUGUAUUAAUUUAUUCUCUGACCGACAGUAAAUUUCUACCUAUCCACAUUUGGCUAACACUUUGUAGAUACUAUGAAAUCCACAUCUCUCAUUUGCUGAUAGUUAUUGUAGCAAAGGCAUAAAUAACCUCUUCUCAUCAUUAAAUCUUCAGACAUUUCUGCAGUAUUUGGACUAUUCCCUUUGUUGCUUCGUCUUACUGGCUUGAAUCUUCCCAGCUUCUACCCUCCCUCCGUUUUCUUCCUUCUCACAUUCCCUGGAAGCUGGUAUUCCCCAUGGUUUGUCAUUAAUCUUCUCACUCUACAUGUACUUCUGAGGCUUCAACUAUCAGCUAAUUGCUGAUGACUCUCUAAACUCUCUAUAGAACGCAGCUCCUGACUUUCAUUUUCAAUUUAACAUACCAAACGAAUCCUUACCUGUCCCUAAACACCUCCCAUUCUACUGUCCAAGCCUGGCUGGUGAUACUAUUAAUUGUUCAAGUUAGAAAGCUUUAAAUUGACCAAACAAAAAAGCUCAGGAGGAGCUUACUACCUCAUAUUCUUCCAGACUAAGCUAUUAGUGAAUACGAUAUCACCAGUGAAUGAUUAAAAGAUGUAUUACCUAAGUCAGAGGCUAGAAGCUGUCGUGAUGUUUUUGAAAUCAGGAAAAUCCGUACGAAAUAUCUACACAACCCCCUUUUCCUUAAAAAAGGGGGGAGGGAGAUCUGGCAACAACAAGGUACAGUUGAAAAGGGUGUCGAUCCCAAUAUACUAAUCACUAAGGAUGCCAGGGUGUCCUAACUAUUUUCCUCUGCUUCCCUACUUCCAGUUAAUUUCACUUAUUACAUUACCUGCUUCAUUCUUCUAAGCAUUUGUAGGCCUUUGACGAUGGAAUCCCUGCCAUACCUGUGUAUGUCACAGGAGUUUAAAGAAACAAGUCUGUGAAAGAACUAGAAACUAAGCUGACUUUAAUUAAGGAUGCGGAUCAACAGUCGACGGUAGAGCCUGAGAAAGAGCAAAGUAGUACAAAGAAAGGCAAAGAAGAGGGGAAAUCCCUGGGUGUGUAUAGAAAAGUAGAAGCCCCCAGGUUUUAUCUGGAAGCAGCAGUCAGCAAUUACAUAAUCCACCGAGAGACAGUGUGGCCGCCUGCUUUGGAGUUCAGAGUCAAAUCCCAGUCCACCGCUUAGCACUGAAUUCCUAAGCCAAACUACUUAAGAUACCUCAAUUUGUGUCUCCUCAGCCAGAGUUAAUCAACAUUUCUUCAUCUAAUGAAACACGAAAGCAGAAUGGAUACUCAAUAGUGACUAAGCCCUCUCCAGCACCCUAAUUUCACAGCAGAAGAAUUGGGCCCGAGGUAGAUAAAGUGACCUGUCUAAGUACUCGUAGCCAGGGGGGUUGGAACUCUCUCUUUUUUCCUCCACUCAGUCCAGGGUUAGGUUUGCUUUUAAAUCACAACACGUCGACUAAUAAGAAUAACCGUACGCCGACAAGAGGGGUCAUGUUGCAGAACGGGAGGAAGUGACAUUACACAACAUCGGAAUUUAAUUAUAUAACAUUAGUAUUCAAAAAGUAUUAAGUUUCUGAAAGGAUUUUAUACAUAGCUUUCUACCUAUUUUUGGCAAUUAUAUAUAACGCAGUUUUCUCUUUGAAACAUUACACAGCACCUAGUACAACAACAUCAGGGUUCUCCUAACUUUAAAACCUUCCGAAAUGGCAACUUCGUAAAAUGUUUAAAAUUUCUUCUAGGCUAUAAAGAGUAGUAUAUGAUUUAGGGGGCUGCCUAUGAGAACAGAGUCUAAAAAACAAACUCAUCAGCCUGCAACUGCAUCUAUGUGAAGCUCAGUACUGUUUUUUCACUAUUUAACUUAAAAGAUCUCUGGCCAGCAGACUGAAAUGUUUGUUUUGUAAUUGCCUGCUGAACUAUGAUAGUUUGUUUCCAGAUGGUGCCCUUCCUUCAACCUGCACACAGUCUCUCCUUGUUCAGAGCCAUUCAACCUCCUGCUGAUCCCACUACCCCCACCCCUAUUUAAGGCUACAGAGAGGAAAUCCUAAGGAGAUUUUCCCCCCAGCCUCCAGCAAGUUUUUGGUGACGUAAUAUGUGGGCUGAACUUGAGUCUACCGAGAAAGAGAGGGAAUCACUAUCCAAGGGUACUUUAUAUACAAUCGGGCUCAGCUGCAGCUGGUUACUGCAUUUCUCCAUGUGGCAGACAGAGCAAAGCCACAAUGCUUUCUCUGCUGGAUUAAAGACAGCCCGCAGACCAGAACUUCCACUAUACUACUUAAAAUUACAUAGGUGGCUUGUCAAAUUCAAUUGAUUAGUGCUUCAGAAGAAAAAGAAGUUCCAUAUUACAGCUUGGAUUCAACGGUCCAAAACAAAAAUGCAGUUGCCAUUAAAGUCACAGACGAACAAACUUCUACACUGAUUUUUAAAGGCAAGAUUAAGAGCAGCCAAGCUUCUGGGUUUGCUUUAUCAACAGAUGCAAAAAGACGUCAUACACGCUCAUUGCAAAAUGAAGGCUCUGAUCUGGACCCUAAGUGUGCUUUUCUUCCUACUAAUGGGCAUUGGACAAUGCAGAGGAGGACAGUUCAAAAUAAAAAAAAUAACCCAGAGGAGAUACCCUCGAGCCACAGAUGGUAAAGAGGAAGUAAAGAAGUGUGCAUACACAUUCCUGGUGCCUGAACAAAAAAUAACAGGGCCCAUCUGUGUCAAUACCAAAGGGCAAGACGCGGGCACGAUUAAAGACAUGAUCACCAGGAUGGACCUUGAAAACCUGAAGGACGUGCUCUCCAGGCAGAAGCGGGAAAUAGAUGUCCUGCAACUGGUGGUGGAUGUCGAUGGAAACAUUGUCAAUGAGGUAAAGCUGCUGAGAAAAGAAAGCCGAAACAUGAACUCGCGUGUCACGCAACUCUACAUGCAACUGCUACAUGAGAUUAUCCGCAAGAGGGAUAAUUCGCUUGAACUUUCCCAGCUGGAAAAUAAAAUCCUCAAUGUCACCACGGAAAUGUUGAAGAUGGCAACAAGGUACAGGGAACUCGAGGUGAAAUACGCGUCCUUGACUGAUCUGGUCAAUAACCAGUCUGUGAUGAUCACUCUGUUGGAAGAACAGUGCUUGAGGAUAUUUUCCCGACAAGACCCCCAUCUGUCUCCUCCUCUUGUCCAGGUAGUGCCACAGCAUAUUCCUAACAGUCAUCAGUACACUCCCGGCCUGCUGGGAGGCAAUGAGAUACAGAGGGAUCCAGGUUAUCCCAGAGAUUUAAUGCCCCCACCUGACCUGGCAACUCCUCCCACCAAAAGCCCUUUCAAGAUCCCACCGGUAACUUUCAUCAACGAAGGACCAUUCAAAGAUUGUCAGCAUGCAAAAGAAGCUGGACAUUCAGUCAGCGGGAUUUAUAUGAUCAAACCAGAAAACAGCAAUGGACCAAUGCAGUUAUGGUGUGAGAACAGUUUGGACCCUGGGGGAUGGACUGUUAUUCAGAAGAGAACAGAUGGCUCUGUCAAUUUCUUCAGAAACUGGGAGAAUUAUAAGAAAGGAUUUGGAAACACUGAUGGAGAAUAUUGGCUUGGACUGGAAAAUAUCUAUAUGCUUAGCAAUCAAGAUAAUUAUAAGCUGUUGAUUGAAUUAGAAGACUGGAGUGAUAAAAAAGUCUAUGCAGAAUACAGCAGCUUUCGCCUGGAACCUGAAAGUGAAUUCUACAGACUGCGCCUGGGCACUUACCAGGGAAAUGCCGGGGAUUCUAUGAUGUGGCAUAAUGGUAAACAGUUCACCACACUGGACAGAGAUAAGGAUAUGUAUGCAGGAAACUGCGCCCACUUUCAUAAAGGGGGAUGGUGGUACAAUGCCUGUGCACACUCCAACCUCAACGGAGUAUGGUACAGAGGAGGCCACUACAGAAGCAGGUACCAAGACGGAAUAUUCUGGGCCGAAUACCGAGGCGGGUCCUACUCCUUGAGAGCAGUUCAGAUGAUGAUCAAGCCUAUUGACUGAAGAGAAACAGUCUCCAAUUUAACGACACAGAACUCUGUAUUUUUCAGUUCUGAAAAAUGUAAAUGGUACACGUAUAUUAUUUUGCACAAUGCAUUCCUACAGAUAGUUUUUUAAAAUGAAUUUUACCCUAACUAAAAAAGGGGAUUUAUAAAGGUAGUUUCAUCUUCCCUCAAUAUACUACAGAAGAUUAGGUGUCUAUAAUCCUAGCUAUUUUAAAAAUAAUGACUAAAUACAAAGUUUGUUUUCUAAAAUGUAAAUAUCUGCCACAGUAUAAAACAAAUCUUAGCUUUAUUUUAAAUCAAAAGUCAAUACAUGUUUAAGAUCCUUAACGAUUUAUUUAAAAACUUUAUGAGAGUGCUGUAACUUCCAAUGGAAAAAUAAUUUUAAGAUUUCAGCAAAGUAUUUUUAUUUAUAAAAAUACAGACAGGAAAUUAGAAAAAAAACCUCUAGUUUUGCCUUCAUUUUGCAUGAAUAAAAGUUAUUUCAGAUUGAAUUUGUGCCUUUCACAUGAAAUGAUUAAAUCUGAAUUCUUCAACACUAUAUUUAUAUCAAUUUCCAAAAUAAAGAUACCCACACUAUUAAAAUACGUGUUUUUUAAAACCAAAAAAGGUACGUAGUAUUUAAAACAUCAAUAUAUGAAAACAAAGAUACAAAUGAAUUAUAUAUUUCAUUUCAAAUACUGAUAAUAUUUUCAGUACUAUCUUCAUAUGAUUUGCUGAACACCCAAAUCUCUUGAAAUUCAUUUUGUGUUGUUCUAUCAGUAACACGUUGAUAACAGAAAAAUGCAGGCUAUUUAGUGAGUCAAUAGUUUUACAGAUCUGGAUUAUAACUAUAAGCUUAUUCAUUAAUACUUUUUUCUCCCUAAUUUACUGAUUUUACUAUUGACAAAAAACUUGUCUGUUAGGCAAGUCCGAAAGCUUGGACAGCUUUACAUGCAUUACUGAAUACUUGUGGGUGGGACUAAAACAACUUCAAGGAACUGUCAGCUAUUCUUCCAAUACUGAGAUUCAACAGCUUCAGAGUGGAAUCCAUAGGGGUUUGGCAAGUCCAAAUCGCUAAUUCCAUUUUACAACGUGUGUGUCUUAACUCAUCUUUGCAACUAACUUUAUUGCCAAUCUUCUAGAAAUUUUUUUUUGUUUUACUAGAAAUAUGUUCACUGCUUAGAGCUGGGCCUUCCCUUAAUUCACUCGUGAACUAAAAAUUUUAGAGAAAUCUCUUGAGAGUCAACCAGUCAGAACUGAAGAUAAUCAUUUGAACAACUCAAGUCCAUCAACAUGAUCAAUGUUUUUGCUCUACCACAUCUCAAAAUACAACUUCUGGUGAAACAAGGUAAGAGAACAUCAGACCUAUAGUGACGUUAUUUUUUUUUUUUCCUACCUAGGGCCAUCUCAGAACAGUUUUAAAGUUCCUCUCCCCAUCCCUCAGAAUAAAAAAAAAAAAAAAAAAAAA